UUCCUUGCGUAUGUCAGAGAGUUGAAAAGAUUACUGUGUAUCUCUGUGCGUAUUGUCACCACCGCGUUUCAUUCGCGGCAUGGAUAGUUCAGCUCACGGAACAUGGCUUUAACAGUGCGCCCGGUUCAGCGCUCCCGAAGCAACGCAUCUGGCUUGAAGGUUAUUCGAAGUGGCAUAAGUUGUGGAGCCGAAGUGAACACGUUUGAUAAAUCCACUGCCUUGACCGCCUACGUGAGGAUCCACUUUGACAUGAGACGUACUGUCUCCCUGCCCCCAAGUCCCAAUUUCCGUGAAAAUCGCCGAAAGCCAGUGGAACUACAUUUCGAUAGUGACACCUCACCGCUGUUCCUGUCGGACUACGAAAAAUCUGCGGAAGACGACUUGAGUAGCGGCUACGGAAGUUGCGACUCCGCACUCGGAAGUGAUUUUGUUUCCGAAACAGACUUCAUUUUCCCGAUGACGCCUCGUCCGAGAGCAGCCACAGAGGGGAUUUUUCCCGCUGCAGAAAGCACCGCUGUGACAAAGCGGCGUUGGGGAUCAUCGUCGUCGACAUCUUCAUCGUCUAGUUUUGAAGAAAUUCAAGAAGAACCUACGGAAGAGGUGUUGGUUGAAUCCCGGAUUCCAGUUCGAGUCUUCCUGUCCAUGUGGGUGAUGCUUCUCAAGACGUUAGAUGCCGUGUGGGAUAAGCGUUGGCAAAUUCAUCCCACCAUCCUUCGAAUUUUGCGUUACCUUCAACCAACUAUUAUCCAGCGAUUAACAUCAGAUAAGGCGUUUUCGAGCUUGGAGGAAGAUCUGGGAUUCGGCAUGGAGAGUGGUGACUCGGAUAUCGGAGACUUGAACGACGGUAUGAAAGUGAAUGAGAGAGAGGGUAAGGGGAUGUCGGCGUCUGCUGAGAGUGAUACAUGGCUCCAGUCGGUUGUGCAGUACGGCCGACGAUGGCUCAAGGUGGUCGACACCGUCGACGUUUUUGGAUGGCUGACGAGAGCCAAGUCGUUCGCCGUCGAUCAUCCGAUAUUCACGUGCGGGGCCGGAGCAGUUGCCUGCACCGUCGCUGUGCCGGCGUUCAUCGCCAUUGCCUGCGUCUCCGUUUGUCUGGGGAUUGGAUUCGUGGGAUUUCUGUUCGUCGAAGGGACGCUGUUGACGAUGGCUGCUCUCUUCGUCGGCACCAUUUUGUUGGCCUUGGGCCUCGUCGUGCUUACCAUAGGAGUCAGUAUUUUCACGGUGUGGUUCGGGGCGUCCAAUGCUUACGGCGCCCUGAUCGCCGCCGUUGCCUUUGUGAGGGAGCGGAGAAACUCGGACGCUUCGGAUCGCCGGGCGCUGAGGGCGGCUCAUCACCACCAUGUUCACCGACACCACGCUCCGACUCGUCACUCGCACCGACACUUGAACGGCUUCGUACCGAACCCAGUGCCGCCACUCGCCGAAGGGGUGAGAGAAGAGGAAGAUUUGGUUGCGAACGAUGAGCGAUGAAAUCCGUGACGACCAGAGUAUGUGUCAGAGAGAGAAGAAUAUUCAUUCAUUCCUUGCCUCUGGUGCUAUUCUCAGUACAGCAUCUGUCGGGAUUUCCGGUUUUAAUGAUUUUCGAAGAAAACGAGCGCGAAGCGCUUUUUCUUAUUUGAGGAAAUAUUUCUUCGUUUUAUCUGUUGAUCGUCUUGUUCAGGCAAUCCGAGCUGAGUUUGUGUAAUAGGUUUUUUUGAAUCUGUUGAGAGUUUUGUUAAUCGUUCGUCGCGUGAAAAAGGUCAUUUUUACUUUAUUUUCUGUUCCUUCUUGAUUGAACACCCUGCCAAAAUUCGUCUGUUGUGUGUCGCACUU